AAACUAGUUGAAGAAUUAGUUAAAAUUUUUGAACUAUUUGAAAUAGCAACUGAAGUAUUUAGUGCUGAAAAAUAUCCUAUGUUAUUGGUUGUAUAUUCUAUAAUUGAAGUUCUAAAAUCUGAAUUUGAAAAAGAUCCAAAUUCAACUCUAAAUAAAAAUAAUUUUGAUAAAGAAUACUAUGAACCAAAAUAUGCUAGUUUUUUGGCAACUCUACUAGAUUCAAGGCUUAAAAAAAUGCAUGCUUUAUCUAAUUAUUUUAAAAAUGAAGCAAUUAAAGUAUGCUAUAAAGAACUUAAUAAUAUUAUUAUCAAUGUACCAUCUGUACAAUUCACAGCAUUUUUGGUAUAA